CAAUCCAUUGAUUUCCCUUAUGCAGGAUUGUUCUCUUCUCUCUCGAACAGGGGUCUUUGAACCUAGGAUUGAAGAAGACCAAUUCUUACUUCUUAGACAACUUAAUCACUCUCUACACUUUUGGCAUAGCUGUUAAGAUUAUAAUUACAAUUGGACACUAAUAUAGCUUUGAUUUUGUCUGCCUAUAUUGAUUGUUUUAUCAGCAUCUUUUCUUGCCUAUGCUUUCUUACACAUGAUAGUUUUAUUUCCCCUCAAAAUCAGGCUUUUCCUUCCUCAUUUGUGGGAACCACAAACCUUAAGGUUUUCUAUAAAUCAGCCAUUCUUUUCCCUAUCUAAAAUCAUAAAUUUUUACUCUUUAACUUUCCUACCAACCCUGAGAAAAGAGAGAGAAAUGGAAGGUUCAUCUUUACGCCAUGGACUGGCAAUCCUGCUCAUUAUCCUUCAAUUCACUAACGACAUGGCCUUAAUCUUAGCUGAUGCACCAUUUCACAACCAAAGAAACAUUGAGUACAUCAAAUCUUCAUGCAGCACCACAACUUAUCCCAAAUUGUGCUACCGAUCCCUCUCAAUCUAUGCAAGCAAAAUUAACACCAGCCCCAGAUUGUUAGUCCACACUGCCCUCAAUGUAACCCUCAUAGCCAGCAAAUCAACUUCAAGAUUGAUGAUGAAGAUAUCACGAAUCCAUGGUUCGAGGCCUAGGGUAGCGGCAGCCAUGGCAGAUUGCAUUGAGGUAAUUGGAGACUCUGUCGAUGAGCUGCAACAGUCUAUAGGGGAACUUGAUCACAUUAGACGCUCAAACUUUUCCCUUACAAUGAGUGAUAUUCAGACCUGGGUUAGUGCAGCGCUGACAAAUGAAGAUACUUGCAUGGAUGGAUUCGCAGGCAGGGCCAUGAAUGGAUAUGCAAAGACUAUGGUAAGAAAACGUAUUGUUAAAAUUGCACAUCUGACAAGCAAUUCCCUGGCUCUCAUCAAUAACUAUGCCUCUUCUCAGAGUAACUUACCUUAAUUUCUCCUGAAAAUUUUAAACAGAAGACACUCAAGGAAGCCCUUGCUUUCUUUCUCCUUAUUUGGAAUUUUUAUAGUAAAACAGUGAAGAUUAAUAAGUACAUGAUUUAUCUUGGGCUUCAUGUUCAGUUUGCUUUGGGAAUUGUCUGCUUUUCAAACAGCGCACCGUGAAAAUUUUGUCCCAAAGUAAGUUUAGAAGCAUAAGCUGAUAGAGUGGUAAGAUAGCAGGAGAUUGCAGAUUGUGUUGUGAGCUGUAAUUGUUUGUUUCUUGAUUUCUGUACUGUAUCAAGUGAAUAUGAAAUUUUAGUCUGUGAACUGCUGUGGAAAUCUACUACACUAUUGUAAAUU